GCGCGGCUCCCGCGGCGGACCCCCCAUGCUCGACUGGGUGGUGCAGCGCGGGGGAGAGUACGCCGCGCAGGGCUUGGUGAACUACAUCGCGCGGUGCCCAGCGUCGCCGCCGUGCCCAGCCUGCCCGGCGCUCACCUGCCAGGCUUGCGGCGCCUGCCAGGCGCCCGCGUGCCCAGGCCUCUCGUGCCCGGCCUGCCCGACCUGCCCGGGCCUCGCGCCAGCGGCUGGGCCGGCGGCGUGCCCGGCCUGCCCGCAGGCCCCGGAGGCAGCCCCGUGCGCCGGCCGCGGCUGGGGGCUGCUCUGGUUCGUGUGCGGCGUGGCCUUCGGCCUCGCGGCGGCCGCGGCGCUGCUGAGCGCUCGGCGCGCGGCUCGGUGCUGUCGCAGGCGCAGGCGGGCCGCCAUCCAGGACUACUCGGAGCCAGGGCCUGCCCCCGUGAGCGAUGGCGACGUGGGCGUACGUGCUGUACAUCGGGGCCGGCCCCCGGCAGGGUCAGCCGACGUCGCGGCCGUGAGGUGGGCGACGGCCUUCAACGUGCUGCCGGACGGCAUCCCUCCCGGGGACGUCUACCGCUUCCGGGCGGAGCCGACGGUGGCGCAGCGGGCCGCCUUCCUCGCCGCGGCGGUGCCCGAGGCCGCGGGCGAGUGCGCCGGGCUGGCCGCGGGGGUUGUGGCUGUUGGCGCGGCUGACGGACGUGGUGCUGCUCGCUGGGUCGCCGCCGAGUGCUUCGGCGGCUUCCGCGUGGGGGACGACGUGCCCCACCAGGCCGGAGCGGGCGCCAUCGGGGGCAAGGACAUCCACCGGCUUGCGGACGGCUCGGGCCUCUUCGUGCAGUACUUGCGGCCGGGCGACGAGCAGGAGUUCUUCGACCGCAUCGUGGCCAGCGACGCCCGCAUCCUCCCGGUGCGCCGCAACAGGCUUGGGCGGCGGGAGCGCACGUGGGCGGACAUGUGUGCCGCGGUGACGAAGGAGGAUUUCGGCAAGGACUGGACGCUCGGUGGCGACCGAACGGCGGGGUGGUGCCUGGAGCACAUCAACUCGGAGGGCGGCAGCUUGGACGCUCACCACGAUCGUUUUCGAUCGCUGUGCCGCCUGGAGCCCAACGCCUGGGGGGUGGCCGAGCACCUCCACCUCGCGGCGGCGGUCGAGGCCGGCCUCCUCGUCGACCAGCUCGACGGCACGAAUCUGGCCAUGGUGGAGAUGCUGCUGAGGAGGAUGCAAACCAUUGAAUUCGCCCACCUCGAGCGGGCGAAGGAGGCCGAGUCGAAAGGGUACAGUGGCCGCCUCAGCCUCGAGGAGCAGCAGGCGUUCUCGGGGCUCAGCUGGGGCUCGGGGCAGCUGAUGAUCUGUCCGGAGCUCCUCGAUGUGGUUCGUGUCGACGUGGAGCGGGAGGCGCAGCUCAACAAGGCCCUCCGGAAGGGCCGCGAGGUGACUCCCGCGGAAGCUCUCCGGAAGCUUCGCGUGGCGAGCUGGUAUGAUGUGGACUCUGCCGUGCUCGGUUCCUAUAACCUCGCUAGCGUCUCGCCCCCCUCUGGCUCGCCGGCACCGGUACCGCUCGAGGAUCUGUGGGGCGCGGGCGGGUCGGACAUGAUGAGGGACUUCGUCCAAAGCCGAUUGCUACCGUCUAGUGAGGUAGAUACUCGUUUGAAACAUUCUCAGGCCGCGGUGCCGUAUAGUGAUCCUAAGCUGCGUCGGGUCGCGGCUUUUGAGGAGUUCAUCCGUGCAUUGCAGCAGCGAGGCAUGGUAGAUUUCAGCUUCUCAUGCAAGGAAAGGGUUGAAGCUUUUUUCGUGCACAAGAAAUCCGGGAAGCUCCGGCUGGUAGUUGACUGUCGUAGAAGCAAUUGUCAUUUCCAGGACCCCGCCCCCGUUUCCCUCCUCACCGGCAAAGGCCUGGCAGGGCUGGAGCUCGGCGAGGGUGUCCUGGACAGCCCCGGUGACGUCUUCGGGUUCGGUCGGGUCAAGCGGGUCGUGGACUUCCCAGAGGUCCCGCGGGAGAUGAUCGAGCUGCAGUGGUCCGUCGUCGGACGCUUCCCGUGGAGGCGCGAGGGGGAGAGUAUCGCCGUGUACGAGGCUAGGGCCACCCUGUAUGGGUUUCGUCAUCUCCUUCGUUCGUCUCGGAACCUUGGGAAGCACGUGCUGGUCCUGGGGGACUCGCAGUCGACGGCCGGGGCGGUGGCGCGGUUUCGGAGCGACAGCCGUAGCAUGAUGCGGGUCACCCAGGCGAUCGCGGCCCUCUCGCUCGCGACCGGUUCGGCCUUGCAUUAUCGAUGGUUGCCCUCGGAGUGGAACGCCGCGGACUCUCCUUCCCGAGGCCUCUGGGCUCCAGCUGCUCCGAGCCCGCUCGAUUUCUCCAAACAUGCUCCCGCGGGCCAGACCCGCACCGACCUCGACCGGCGCACGGAUGGCGGCGCCGGCGGCGCCUGCGGCCCCGCCGGCCUCGCCGCUGCCGUUGCCCGCCCUCCUCCGGCCAAGAGGAAGCGCCAGACGGUGGCCGACGUCGCGGCCCGGCGGAGGGCCUCUGCCGUCGCAGUGGGCGGGCUCACGGUGCUGGAGAGCGCCUCGGUUCGGCCCCGGACGCGGCAGAAGUACCAGUCGCUGUUCGCCGAGUUCCUGGCGUGGCUCGCCGUCCCGGUGGCGACCUCCGAGGCGGGCGUCGACCUGCAGCUCGUAGGGUGGCUGGACGCGCUGUACCUGGGCGGCGAGAACCUGGGCUCGGCCCAGUGGGGCUCCGCGGCGGUGACGUUCGUCACGGGCCUCCAGAAGUCCGCGGGGGCCCUCGUGCCCAGGGGCCGGAGGGCCCUCCAGGGGUUCAGGCGCUGCUGCCCUCCCCAGUCGCGGCUUCCGCUGCCGCGCGAGGUGGUGGCCCUGAUCGCCAACGAGCUGGUCAGGUUGGGGAAGCUGCCCUUCGCGAUCGCGAUCGUCGUGAUCUUCGAGCUGUACCUUCGGCCAGGCGAGAUUUUCAACGUGAGGGGGGUGGACCUCAUACCCCCAGUGCCGGGCGUGGCAAGCGCCCCCUGCUGGGCCAUCACGCUUCACGCGCAGGAGGUCGGGAGGUCGUCAAAGACGAACGAGUUCGACGAGUCCAUGCGCCUGGAUUUGGAGCGGCAUGCCCCUCUCGGUCCGGCGCUCAAGGCCCUCUGUCAGGGCCGGAGCCCGCGCUCGCCGAUCUUCGACUUCGCCCUGAAGGACCUGGUGACGGCGGUGUGCGGCGUCGUGCGGAGCCUCAAGCUGGACGAGUACCUCGGCGACGUCCACCUGUACCAGCUCAGGCACGGCGGCGCCUCGCACGACUCCGCCGGGGGCUUCAGGAGCCUGGAGGACGUGAGGCGCCGCGGGCGCUGGCGGUCGUGGGCUUCGGUCAGGCGCUACGAGAAGGACAGCCGCGUCGGCCAGGUGCUGCUCAAGCUGCCCGAGGACCUCCGCGCCCACGCGCUGUCCUGCGAGCGCUCGAUGGCCUCCAUCGUCCGCGGCCGGCCUUGUCCGGCGGCCCCCGGCCUCAGGUCAAACUCGUCACCCAUGGGCCUCGACGACCUGAACCCCGCCGACGCCGACAAGAGACUUCAAAAAUCCAACAAGAUCAAUUUCACCGUCACCGAUUUCUGCAUGUGGGGCGCCCAGUGGAGGAAGUCGACCGGUUUCCUCAGCACGGGGCUGUGCAUGGACGCCCUCGCCGAGGCUCGCUGUCUCGGCGCCAAGCGUGGCCUAUGCAAGCGCUCCGGCCAGCCGCGCAUCCCCAUCCAAGGGAAAAACGACAAGGGUGCAUUCUGGUCCAAGAUCGCCGAGCCUUAUCCUCCUGGACUUUGUAAAGCCCUGGCUUCUAUCUACUACAAUGCGUGGGCCUCGUCUAAAGCCGAGUUGUUCAACGAGAAGGUGUUUGCGGCCCCGUCGGGGCCAGAUUGCUGA